CGCUUGCGCGCAAGUGUUUUUGAAGGCCGCGGCUAGCUACAGGGCUAAUCUAGCGUCCCAAACGUUAGCCACAUUUUCACUUUAAUUAAACUCUGUAUAGUGGGUUUCAUCUAACUGUGCGCCACUUGGUUGUGUGGUUACAUCCACAUUCAGAAUGUCCUUCCCCCCUCAUUUGAACCGGCCGCUGUUGCCCCCUCCUGGGAUACCUCAUCAGUAUGCUGGCUUCCCCACAGGAGCUCCAAUGAUCCCAGUUCACAUGGGCAUCAUGGCCCCGGGCCCUGCGGUCAUGGUUCCUUCUGUCCCUGUGGUCAGUAAGCCUCCUGUUCCAAAGAGAGACCUUUCUGCUUUGCGAGCCAAGGAUGACGAGAGCAGCGGGCCAACCACCACAGUGUUUGUAGGGAACAUAUCGGAGAAAGCUUCAGACAUGCUCAUUAGACAGUUGCUGGCGAAAUGUGGUAUUGUUUUGAGCUGGAAAAGAGUUCAAGGAGCUUCUGGGAAGCUUCAAGCGUUUGGUUUUUGCGAAUACAAGGAGCCGGAGUCCACCUUGCGAGCUCUGCGGCUGCUUCAUGACCUGCAGAUAGGAGACAAAAACCUGCUGGUGAAGGUGGACGCAAAGACCAAAGCUCAGCUGGAUGAGUGGAAGGCCAAGAAGAAGACAGCAAACGGGCAGAAUAAUAAGGCAGAAGACGGAGUAGCUGAGGAGGAGGAGGUCCUUGAUGAGGAGACGAAGAGGAGAGAUCAGGUUGUGAAGGACGCCAUCGAUGGGUUGAUGCGGGAGUAUGCAGUAGAGCUCAAUGCGCCUUCUCAGGAUGACGACGCCAACAGACGAAAGAGAAAAAAGGAAAAGAAAGAAGAGGAUGACAUCAACACUAUUGACAUCGAGGAGGACAAGCGGGACCUGAUUUCCAGAGAGAUUAGUAAAUUUCGUGACACUCACAAGAAACUAGAAGAGGAGAAAGACAAGCGGGAGAAGGAGCGGCUGGAGUUCGAGCGCGAGAGGAGGGAGCGCGAAAAAGAGCGCGAGCGGGAAAGAGAGCGGCGGGACCGCGAAAGGGAGAAGGAACGCGAGCGGGAAAGGAAGAGGGAGCGGGACCUGGAGCGGGAGAGAGACCGGGACCGAGACAAAGAACGGGACCGCAGGACCAGGGAGACGGAGCGAGAGAGAGAGCGAGACUGGGAGAGAGACAGGAGCGCCGAGCGCAGCCGAUCCAGGGAACAGAGCCGAGACCGAGAAAGAGAGCGGGACAAGAAGCGGGACCAAGAAGAUGAAGAAGAUGCGUAUGAGCGCAGGAAGCUGGAGCGAAAACUCAGGGAUAAGGAGGCGGCCUAUCAGGAGCGCCUCAAAAACUGGGAGCUGAGGGAGCGGAAAAGGGCCCGGGAUUACGCCAAGGAGGCGGAGCGGGACGACGAGCGCAGACGAGAAACGGUAAAAGAAGGCAAACGACUGAAGGAGUUUCUGGAGGACUAUGACGACGACAGAGACGAUCCCAAGUAUUACAGGGGCAGUGCGCUGCAGAAGCGUCUCCGAGACCGAGAGAAGGAGAUGGAGGUGGACGAGCGCGACAGGAAGAGGGAGAAGGAGGAGCUGGAGGAGAUCAGACAGAGGCUGCUAGACGAGGGACACCCAGACCCAGACGCAGAGCUACGCAGGAUGGAGGAGGAGGAGGAGGAGCGUCUGAGGCAGCCGCCCGUCAUCCCGGAGCCGGAACCCGAGGUGCAACACGAGCGCCACCGAGGUUCCAGAGACCACAGAGAGCGCCGACAGGAGCCGGAGCCCAAGGCCAAACCCGCCCCGCGGCCUCACCACUCCGACGAGGAGGUGGAGGAGGGCGAGGAGGAAGAUUACGCCAACGACGAGGAUGCCGUCGAGGCAAAACCGCCGUCGAAGCCCAUGAUGCGGCCCAUCACCGCCGCCCCCUCGGUGUCGUCGGCCAGCGGCAACGUGUCCCCCAACACCCCCGGAGAGGAGUCGCCCUGCGGCAUCAUCAUCCCGCACGAAAACUCGCCGCCUGACGCUCUGCCGCAGGAGGAGAACCGGCCCAAGAUCGGCCUCAGCCUCAAACUGGCAGGUGCUACGGGGAGCCCCAGCCAGCCCAACGCAGGCAAGAGGAAGAAGCUCCCCGUGGACAGCGUCUUCAACAAGUUCGACGACGAGGAGGCCGACGAGGCGCCGCGGAAACGCAAGCUGGUGCCCCUGGAUUACGACGACGACAAGAGCCUGGGCGUGGACGGCGCCGGGCUGUCCAGCAUCAAGGGAGCCAACACCGAGGAGAAACGCAAACACAUCAAGACCCUCAUCGAGAAGAUUCCCACGGCUAAACCGGAGCUGUUCUCCUACCCUCUGGACUGGGCCAUGGUCGACACGACGUUGAUGGAGCGACGCGUUCGACCCUGGAUCAAUAAAAAAAUCAUCGAGUACAUCGGCGAGGAGGAGGCGACGUUAGUGGACUUCGUUUGCUCAAAGGUGAUGGCUCACAGUAUGCCCCAGAGUAUCCUGGAUGAUGUUGCCAUGGUACUGGAUGAAGAAGCCGAGGUCUUCAUCGUCAAGAUGUGGCGGCUGCUCAUUUAUGAAACCGAAGCAAAGAAAAUCGGACUGGCGAAAUAAGCGGAACCACUGAAUGAAGAUAUCCAGACGCCCCCUCUAUAAAAAAACUGUUUAUACAAAGUGUCGUGAAAUAGUCACCCACAACAGACUGUAACAUUGAUUUUCCUAUAAAACAGACUCAGGCUCCAUGCACCUCCCCUCCGUUUGCAGGUGCAUUUAUAAA